GAGCUCUUUCAUUUGUAUAUGAUCCUCUCUCGAGUUGAACCCCGAGUCACUCAGUAAUUUGAGGGAGGAAAAUAAAAAGAAAUAAACCGAGUCUCGAAACCCCAAAAUCUUCCGAAUCGAAACGUUUCACCGAAGAAGACAAGGGUUUCAAUGAGUUCGGCGCUUACUUUCAGGGGUCAUGAGACCCAACCGGUGGCCGAUACCUACUCGCCCAAGCCCCCCAAGCCAUGGUUAGCCGUGACCCGUCCGAUUCGCUACAUCCUCCGCGAACAAAGGUUGAUAUUCGUCCUCAUCGGCAUUGCUAUCGCGACUCUGGGGUUCACAUUACUCCCGUCCAACCAAGCUCCCCAAAGGUAUAGCUCCGCGAUCUUUGAUUCGUUCCCGGCCGAGCUCGAAUCGAGCCACUUGAGUCAUCGCCCGGUGUACAACGAGCGCCGUUUCGGGAUUCAGAGCUGGAAUUCCGGCGGGAAGAUUCCGUUGGGCCUGAAGAGAAAGGGGAAACGGAUCGUGGUCACCGGUGGAGCAGGUUUCGUCGGGUCGCACCUGGUGGACCGUCUGAUGGAGCGUGGUGACAGCGUGAUUGUCGUUGAUAAUUUUUUCACAGGAAGGAAAGAGAACGUGAUGCACCAUUUCGGGAACCCCAGAUUCGAGCUGAUCCGACACGACGUCGUUGAGCCACUUCUCCUCGAGGUUGACCAGAUCUAUCACCUGGCUUGCCCGGCCUCCCCUGUCCAUUACAAGUUCAACCCCGUCAAGACUAUUAUAUCUAAUGUGGUGGGUACUCUGAAUAUGCUCGGGUUAGCGAAGCGGGUGGGUGCCAGGUUUCUGCUAACGAGCACCAGUGAGGUAUACGGUGAUCCUCUACAACACCCUCAGGUUGAAACUUACUGGGGAAACGUCAAUCCCAUUGGUGUCCGAAGUUGUUACGAUGAGGGCAAACGUACGGCCGAAACGUUGACCAUGGACUAUCACAGAGGCGCUGAAGUUGAAGUUAGGAUUGCCAGGAUCUUUAACACGUAUGGACCUAGAAUGUGCAUUGAUGAUGGUCGUGUUGUUAGUAAUUUUGUUGCCCAGGCUUUGAGGAAGGAGCCUAUGACUGUUUAUGGUGAUGGAAAGCAAACAAGGAGUUUCCAAUAUGUUUCUGAUCUGGUGGAAGGUCUUAUGCGCCUCAUGGAAGGAGAACAUGUAGGACCUUUCAAUCUGGGAAACCCGGGUGAAUUUACCAUGCUUGAACUUGCCAAGGUUGUCCAGGAAACCAUUGACCCAGAUGCAAAGAUCGAGCACAGGCCCAACACAGAGGAUGACCCCCACAAAAGGAAACCGGACAUUACCAAGGCUAAAGAACAAUUGGGCUGGGAACCAAAGGUGUCCCUUCGCAAGGGCCUUCCUCUUAUGGUCAAAGACUUCCGUCAACGCAUUUUUGGUGACCACAAGGAAGGUGGUUCAUCCACAACAGCUUAAUCCCCAAGUUUGAGGGAAAUUUAUACUUGGAAGUGGUACCCGGGAAAGAAAUUUGUUCACUUACUAGAAAAAGAGUACUCCUAGCUUUUCCCUACUUCCAAACGAUACAGUAACAGCAGAAGAGGUAGCACAGCUAUAUUCGUUCUCUUUCGGAAUAGAUCCUCUUAGGUGGUCCACUUGGCAUUUGUUUUAUGUCUAUCUUUGUAACCUUGUCUCAGUUAUCCUCUUUAAGCUUCAAUAGACGAUGAGCUUUCUGAUUUUUAAAAUUCCUUGUUAUGGUAUUUAGCUUGCACAUUCUUCCUACUGUAUAGCGACUCUGGCUUUUGAACAAAGAUGGGGGAUAAAAGUUGAGCUUCAAGCCCAACUAACAGAAUGAAAGAACAUUGUUUACUUCAGUAGUAGUUAAUAAGUCUGUGAGGGAUUGAAUCGAAAACGAAAAUACAAAAACAAAGUUAUUACAUGGUUCUCAA